GGCCACCUGGAGGGGGAUGCUGAGGAGCAGAGGAUGCCCGGCAGAUAGCGCAGGGCACCAGCAGCCCGGCCUGGGGCUCCCCUGAGGACAGGAAGGACAUUUAGAGGACGCAGAAGCCCCGGCUUCCCGGCUCUCCUUCCCCAUGGAGAGGAGAACCUCCCUGCCCCAGGAUCUCCGGGAGGUGCUGCACUGCCUGAAGAUGAGGAGCAAGUACGCCGUGCUGCUGGUGUUCGUCGUGGGUCUGGUCAUCAUCGAGAAGGAGAACAACUUCAUCUCCAGGGUGUCGGACAAGCUGAAGCAGUCCCCGCAGACGCUGGCGGAGGCCAACGACACGGAGGCCAGCCCGACGCCGGCCGAAAACGGGUCCCUGGCCUCGCUGCAGCAGCUGGACGCCGCCUUCUCGCGGCUGAGGACGCGGCUGCACAACAUCACCCUGCAGCUGGCCGGGGGGCUGGCGACGGCGGGGACGGUCCCCCCGGAGCCACAGCGGCACGUCCUGCUGAUGGCCACCACCCGCACUGGCUCCUCCUUCGUCGGGGAGUUCUUCAACCAGCAGGGCAACAUCUUCUACCUCUUCGAGCCGCUGUGGCACGUCGAGAGGACGGUCACCUUUGAGCUGGGUGGCGCCAACGCGGUGGGGUCGGCUUUGGUGUACCGCGACGUGCUGCAGCAGCUCUUCCUCUGCGACCUUUACAUCCUGGAGAGCUUCAUCUCCCCGGCUCCCGAGGAGCACCUGACGCCCUUCAUGUUCCGCCGGAGCUCCAGCCGCUCGCUGUGCGAGGAGCCCGUCUGCACGCCGGCCGUCAAGAAGGUCUUCGAGAAGUACCACUGCAAGAACCGCCGCUGCGGCCCCCUCAACAUCACGCUGGCCACCGAGGCGUGCCGGAGCAAGCGGCACGUGGCCCUGAAGACGGUGCGCCUCCGGCAGCUGGAGUUCCUGCAGCCGCUGGCGGAGGACCCCCGGCUGGACCUGCGCAUCAUCCAGCUGGUGCGGGACCCCCGCGCCGUGCUGGCCUCCCGCAUGGUGGCCUUCUCGGGCAGGUACGAGACCUUGAAGAAGUGGGCGGCCGAAGGGGCGGCCCCGCUGCAGGAGGACGAGGUGCAGAAGCUGCGGGGCAACUGCGAGAGCAUCCGCCUGUCGGCCGAGCUGGGGCUGCGGCAGCCGGGCUGGCUGCGGGGCCGCUACAUGCUGGUGCGCUACGAGGACGUGGCGCGGGCGCCGCUGCGCAAGGCGGAGGAGAUGUACCGCUUCGCCGGCAUCCGCCCCGCGCCCCAGGUGGAGGAGUGGAUCCGCGCCAACACGCAGGCGCCCCGCGACGGCAGCGGCAUCUACUCCACGCAGAAGAACUCCUCGGAGCAGUUCGAGAAGUGGCGCUUCAGCAUCCCCUUCAAGCUGGCGCAGGUGGUGCAGGACGCCUGCGCCCCGGCCAUGCGCCUCUUCGGCUACAAGCUGGCCGGCAGCCCCGAGGCGCUGACGAACCGCUCGCUCAGCCUGCUGGAGGAGGGACUCCCCUCCUGGGUCACGUAACACCAGGGGGAACCGGAGCUGGGGACCGGAGCAUCGACUUUCGGGGAGGUUCGUGGAGCCUGGGUGCUUGCCAAAACCACGCUGCGUCCUCCGAACGCCGCCGUCGCAGGCGGGGAGCGCUCCCGGAUGGGAUUCGACGUGGAAAGCAGCGCUGCUGCCCCACAGCCACGCGUGAUGUGGUGCCAAAGGGGUGCCGCGCCGAGCGCCGGCGGCACAGCGUGCCAGCACCAGCAGGGACCCGAUCCCCAGAGGCCUUACUGGUUUAGUGCCUUCACACCAGCACGGACUGGGAACAGCCCGCAGAGCCCCAGCCAGCAGCAAGACGAGGUGGCUUCUCGGGUCUGAGCUCUUCGGUGUUGGUUUGGGAGGGGUGUUCGUUGGUUUUUAAGUUUUUUCUUCCUUUUUCUCUGUGUACCAGGGUUGCGGGGCAAAUCUAUUUAUUUAUUAUGUGAAAAGGAGGGGGAGCUACACCGGGGGUCAGAGCUAAGCCCAAAAAAAUCAGGCCAGCAGAAGGUGCUGCAGAGAAACAGGGACACCUACAGCAGAGGCAGUGGAAUUGUGGCCCAUGGGAGAGCCCCAGGAUGGGCAAAUCGGGGAUGCAGCUCCCCAAAAAACCCUGGGCACAGCGGGGCAGGGACGCUGCCAUCGGCAAGCACCGACCACAACCUCACCCUGGGGCGAGGACGCUCGCCAGAGCCCGCUGCUCGCCCCGGAGCAGCUGAACCUCGUCACCUGCUGGAAGCCGUUUCACUUGACUUAAUUAAAAAUUAAAAAACAAUAAUAAUAACGCAAAGGAGCAGAUUCCAAAGCA